CUCUUUCUACCCCAGAACCUCUGUGGCCCCUUAAAUUUUAGUCCUGUUUUUCCAUCCACCAAGUUUACUUGUUUUGUAGGAGUCUGGGUCAUCCUUUGUAUUUUUUUCUAUCUUUUUAUUCUCUUGCUGCCCUGUAAGAGAGUCCUCCGGCAGCGAUGUCCAGGAAUGGAUACUUCUUUGAAGAGACCGGUUACCUUAAGUGCGACACAGAUGACGGCUGCGAUAACAAGGAGGAGGAAGGCGGAGGAGGGGAGGAGUUGUUCGAUACUGUCCACUCCUCCAUUGUAUCGGGGGAAAGUAUCCGCUUCUUUGUGAAUGUCAAUCUAGAAGGACCACAGAAUACUACAGCAGAAAAUGAGAGCCAUGGCUGUGUAUUGCUUCACACCUCCAGAAAAUACCUAAAAUUAAAGAACUUUGAGGAGGAGGUGAGAGCCCACCGGGACCUGGACGGCUUCCUUGCCAAAGCCAGCAUUAUCCUGGAUGAGACGGCGACCUCUCUGGACGACGUCCUGCGGGAAAUGCUCAAGCACUUUGUGGAAGACCCGGAGAACGCUGAGCCCAUCUGCAACUUUGACAAAAUCAUGAGCACUUUAUUCACGGACUCCGGCGCUCCAAGGGAAGGGAAUGUACAUCUGCUUUCAGACACAAUUCAAGGGGUGACGGCCACAGCCACAGGCGUUCAGUACCAGCAAUCCUGGCUCUGUAUAAUUUGCACUAUAAAAGCUCUUCAGAGGCGACACGUUUGCAUCAGCCGACUGGAAAGGCCGCAGAACUGGGGGGAGAACUCUUGUGAAGUGAGAUUUGUCAUUCUUGUCCUGGCUCCUCCAAAAAUGAAAAGUACCAAAACCGCCACAGAAGUCGGAAGGACGUUUUCAACUAUGUUUUCAGACAUUGCCUUCCGGCAGAAACUUCUAGAAACCAAAACGGAGGAGGAGUUUAAGGAGGCGUUGGUUCACCAGCGGCACCUCCUGACAGUAGUCAACAGGCAUUCUUCAGUGAACGAUGGCCACAAAGUCCACAGCCACAAACCUCUAAAGGAUUUGCUACUGGUUCCGAGAGCUGGGCCUUCUAGGCAGGUCUGCCACAACUCCUUCUUCUGUCUUCUGCUACAAGAAUUUCUCAAUGUUGGAAAGGGAAUUUUCGAUGAUAUCGCACGAAGGCUGCCAGUCUACCCUUUGGAUUUCACAGACGGUAUUAUCGGAAAUAACAAGGCCAUCGGAAAGUACAUAACAACUAUGAUUUUCUUGUACUUUGCAUGCCUCCUGCCCUCAAUCGCCUUUGGCUCAUUGAAUGAUGAAAACACUCGCGGGGUGAUUGACGUACAGAAGACGAUUGUUGGUCAGUGCAUUGGGGGUGUGAUUUACGCCCUCUUUUCGGGGCAACCUCUAGUGGUUUUAUUGACAACAGCGCCAUUGGCUUUAUAUAUCAAUGUUAUCCGCGGAAUCUGUGAUGACUACAACCUGGACUUUAAAGCUUUCUAUGCCUGGACGGGGCUGUGGAACAGCUGUUUCCUUGUCCUUUAUUCUCUCUUCAAUUGUAGCCUGCUCAUGAAGCUCUUCAAGAGGUCGACAGAAGAAAUCAUAGCACUUUUUAUCUCCAUAACAUUUGUGCUUGAUGCCCUGAAAGGGAUCAUCAAAAUUUUCAAGAAGUAUUACCUGGACGCCCCUGACUUACAUGAUCAUAAGGAGCCUUACGAUACCUUCCCCAAUGUCACCUUGUCUCCUGACACCAUAUUCAACUCCACCCUGAACAGCUCCAUCCUGCCCGGCGUGGAUCAUGAUGACGUGCAGCAUGGGAAGGAGUCCGCCGUCCUCAGCCUCAUGCUCAUGUUCGGGACUUUGUGGCUCGGCCACACGCUCUACCAGUUCAAGAAGAGCCCCUAUCUGCACUCAAGAGUUCGGGAAAUGCUCUCCGAUUGUGCGCUGCCUAUAUCCGUCCUAACCUUCUCCGUGGUAGGGUCGUACUUCUUCCAGGAUAUACGCAUCGCCAAGUUCAAUUAUAUAGAAACGGAGAGUCUGUUCAUGCUGGCGCCUAUCGGGUCGCUUUCCAUGGGAUCCAUCACCAGUGCCAUGGGCCUAGGGUUCCUCCUGUCCAUGUUGUUCUUCAUAGAACAGAACAUUGUGGCGUCCCUCACCAAUGCCCCUGAGAACAGGUUGGUGAAGGGGACGGCCUAUCAUUGGGAUCUCCUUCUUGUUGCUCUUAUUAACACCGGACUGUCCGUUUUCGGCUUGCCGUGGAUCCACGCAGCCUUCCCCCAUUCACCGAUGCAUGUCCGAGCGCUCGCCAAUGUGGAAGAAAGAGUGGAACACGGACAUAUCUAUGAGACGAUCGUCAGUGUGAAGGAGACGCGUCUGACAUCGCUGGUGGCGAACAUACUGGUGGGCCUCUCCCUCUUCCUCCUGCCUCUUCCACUCCAAUGGAUCCCCAAACCAGUUCUGUAUGGCCUUUUCCUGUACAUCGCCCUGACCUCCAUAGACGGCAGCCAGCUCUUUGAACGGGUGGCUCUGCUGUUGAAAGAGCAGACUGCAUACCCUCCAACCCAUUACAUCAGAAGAGUCCCCCAGAGGAAGAUUCACUACUUUACCGGACUCCAGGUUCUGCAGCUUGUUAUCCUGUGUGGGUUCGGCAUGUCACCUCUCCCUUACAUGAAGAUGAUCUUCCCUCUGAUUAUGAUAGGAAUGAUCCCAAUCAGAUACAACCUACUACCCAAGAUCAUCGAAUCCAAAUACCUAGACGCUAUGGACGCUGAACAUUAGAAAGAGCCCCAAACGAUCGGGAAAUGUGUUCACACCAACAGAGGAAUUGUAGGGUUUAAUAUUUUUUCACUGGAAGGGUUUUUGGAUUUUAUUUUCAUCUUUGCAACUAUUUUUGGAAUUUGUACAAUGACAACUGACCAAAGUGGAAUCGGGUGGACACGGAGCUCGAUGACAGUAACUGGAAUUACCCCAAAGAUGGUUGAGCCCUGCCCGUCCCACACCUCUGGACCUGGCAUAUGGUUUGGUGCCUCCUUUGUAUCCAACAAACAAAUUAUGUGUUUUUCAUGGACUUUCCAGGAUUUACAGUGGUGAGCCGGCCAAAAAUCUAUGUGACUAAAUAUUUUUCUCCUGCAAUACUUUUUAAAGUGGGUUUUUAUUUCCUGUUUUUUUUGUUUUUUUUUGCCUCUGCAUCGAAAGACAGGGGCCAUGACUCCUGGAGGGUGAGGUCUGUGUUACCUCCUUAAUAUUAUUAUUAUUAUUAUAUUUUUUUUUUUUGAGAAAUAAAGGACUUUUUUUUUUUUUUUUUAUCUAUUAUGUCACUGCACAUAGCAAUGGCGAUGUCUACAGAUCAACCAAAAGUGUUUGCGGUUUGUUUUUGGUUUUUCUCCUUUGUAGCGAUCUCUAGACCUGGCCUAGAAUGUAAGCUAAUUUUUACCUUUUGUUUGGGACUUUAUGUUUUUUCUUUUUUAACAUGUAGUUGAAGUAAAAGAUGUAUAUGAGCUGUCAAAUUUGCACAACAGCUACCUGGCAUUAUGCACAAAUUCACUCAGAUACCAGCACUUUUUUCUUUUUCUUUUUUUUGUCUUUUUUGCAUUUCUUUUUUCUUUCUUUUUUUCCAGCUUGUAUUAUACAAGUGUGCGUGCGUGUCCGUGUACAUCUCGACAAACCUCCAUGCAUACGUUCUCUACAGUGCAUUGACGAUGCAUGAUUUUUGUAUAAUGUUUAUACAUCGAUAGUGGAAGGUGUCAGAAUUUUAAUUUUCUUUUGCUCGAUAAACAUGGACGACCACACUGUUCUAACCAAUGACUGUAUUAUGUUGCACUUUUCUACAAGAACAAGCUUGGGCGGUUCUGUGUGUGACGUCUGGACCUCCUCAGGUCUCUCUUUCGAGACCACGCAUUUUUAAGUGUCAAGUGUCUCCUCUUCAAUGCUGAAGACCAAGUGUUGGAUCGCAAGGACUGUUGGAUCCUGGUAUCCCUUACGGAUGAUAUUUCUGCUAUGAAUGUAGAGGUCUAUGACCCCCUGGAUCAUACCAUCUCACCAAAGAUACAUAUGUCGACACCUGUUACACUGAUGUUUUGUCCGCUUGGAUGCUGAACAUAGUUAUUUCCUGCAAAAUGCAGGGUCUAUAUUGACUUUCGCAACCCCUAUUCCCCUAUAACAGAAUCUUAACAGAGGACCUACCCAUCCAUCGGGCCAGGCCUCUAGACAUCUCCGGGUUCUGGUGUAUCUGAUGUGAAUUUUGCACGAUUGCUUCAAUGUAUGGCUGACGUUCAAAUCGGGUUACGUUUUACCAGAGAGGAUUAUUUUUGUAAAUACGUAUAUGUUUAAGGUCUAUAUGACAACUAUAGACACAUACGGUUGGCAUUUUUUUUUCUGUUACUCAGUUAUGCCGUGAUCAUUUUAUUUUAUUUUUAAAAGCUUUAUUUUUGUUGUUCUUGCAUUGUGUGAAAAACCUGAUUACUUUUAAGACAGCGAUUUCAUGUUUUUGGGCGAAGAAACAAUCCUUUCCCUCUGACGUUGAGCAUGCUACGGUUUAUAUGGAUACUAAGUAUCGCGAGAAGCACUUGACUGCGCAGAAUCUGAUGGAAACUAUUCAAAAACUUCUUUUCAAAGGGACUUCAUUGAUACACGUUGAAGGUGGCUUUUAUAAAAGUUGAUCGUGACCACACUGUUCAUACUUUCUAUGUUUCUUUUGUUUUGUUUUUUUUUUGUGUGUUUUUGUGUUGUUCUCUCAUUGGUCCUGACCUCCGAUGAGUUCACCCCUACCUGUAUUGUCCCACAAUUCACCACGCAAUAUGAUGUGAUGGAGACCGUUUCUUGCCCUUCACCUAUUAGAGCUGUGCAAGUCUUACCGGUAGAGUGCAUGCUCGAUUUCAGAUGGGGACCUAUAAAUAUAUAUAUGUGUGUGUAUAUAUAUAUAUAUAUAUAUACACACAUAUAUUCAUAUAUAUUCUACGUAAGUGCUGCUUUAAGUCUACCGUUUGCUAUGAGCGGGUCAAUUUUUGUAAAUAUUUGAAAUGUCUGGAAUCAAAGAGAACAGAGCACCGAAGAAAAAAAAUAAUUCUAUUAAUAAACAAUGGUUUAAACAAGAG